GAGCGGGCCUUACGCAUUUGGCGUAGUGUCACUUGCAACUUCGCUAGAAUGGAAGGCGAUGCAGAAAGCAAGAGCAGGCUGCGGACUCGCUCGUAUCUGGAGGGCUUGUCGCUGAUGAAGCAGGGUGCCGAGGCCAGAGUUUACCGGGGGCGGUUUCUAGGGAAAAAUGCGGUGAUAAAGGAGAGGUUCCCCAAGGCCUACAGACACCCGACUCUGGAUGGGAAACUCACCCAUAAACGCACGGCCCAGGAGGUCCGCUCUAUAUUAAGGUGUAGGAGAGCAGGUAUUUCAGCACCAGUGGUUUAUUUCGUUGACUAUGUUUCCAACUGUAUUUACCUUGAAGACAUUGAGGAAUCGACUACAGUGAGAGACUACAUAUUAUCGAUGCAGCAGAGUGGGAAGGAGACAAGUAGCCUGAAUGCUUUGGCAGGGAAGAUUGGGCAGGUGUUGGGCCGAAUGCACGAUGAGGACGUUGUCCAUGGAGACCUCACCACGUCCAACAUGCUCCUGCGCCCCCCGUCUGAUGAUCUCAACCUGGUUCUGAUUGAUUUUGGCCUCAGUUUCAUCUCUGCUCUUCCAGAAGAUAAAGGGGUGGAUCUGUACGUGCUGGAGAAGGCUUUCCUCAGCACCCACCCCAACACAGAGGAGACCUUCAGGCUCCUGUUACAAAGCUACUCCUCUACCUCCAAAAAAUCCGGCCCCGUAAUAAAGAAACUGGAUGAGGUGCGCCUGCGCGGACGGAAACGCUCAAUGGUGGGAUAGCGCGUUGGAUAUAUUCGGCCGUGUGUAUAAUAUAUCAUCUGUAACAUACGGAAAAGCAAAUCAAUUUUUUUCUUUUAUAAUAAAACAAUGAAAGC